GUGAAGGUGAGUGCAGUGUGAAGGAGUUCUUUUAUUUUAUUAAAAAAGAAGUGCUAAAUUGUGCUGGAUUGCGAGACAGAAGGUGAAUUUGUUAUUUGUGACCUUGACGUUCAACGCAUAAAACACGUGUGCAGCUAUGCAGCCCAACUUAACGAAUAAGCGUCUGUCCAUCUGCGGGUGGAAAAAAAGUGGCAACGAGAAAUCGAAGCUGGUACCAUGGGAUGUGAUCGAUCGGUUGGUGGUACCGAUUAUUUGCUGUCACGCUGCGGCAAUUCUCAUUUCCGGUGCGCUGAAUUUGCUGCGAAUUUCCCAAGUGUCAGCGUUGGUCCUGUUCAUCCUGUUCACCAUCCUGACCGUCAGCGGUGUGUUCUUCUACCACAGCCUCACGAUUUCGCCACUGGGAAAAGCUGUCCUCAUUACCGGCUGUGAGUCACCGCUGGCUCGUGCCCUUGCCAAGUAUCUGGAUGACCUUGGGUUCACCGUAUUUGCGGGCUUCAAGAAGCUGCAGGACAGUGACGAUGCGAUCACAAUGAAGGAAGCUUCCUCCGGGCGUCUGAAGCUGCUCCAGCUGGACGUGACUAGCGAGGUCGAGAUGUUGGAAGCAUCGCUUUACAUCGCCCAACAUCUGCCAGCCGGCGAGGUGGGUCUGUGGGCGUUGGUGCAUUGCGAACUCUGGAAUGCACUCGGCGAACUGGAAUGGGUGCCGUUUCCCGUCCUGCGAAAAUCGUUCGACGUUAACGUUCUCGGUGCCUCACGGUUGACACAGAUCAUGCUGCCACUCAUCCGCAACGGUAAGGGUAGAAUCGUGUUCCUGUCGUCGGCUCUCGCCCAUCUGCCGUCGCCGGUGCGCGGUGUCCUCUGUGCGACCCAGGCCGCUAUUGAAGGAUUCGCCGUAUGUCUACGGAAGGAGCUGACGCCCCGUCAGGUGGGUGUGUCGAUCGUUUGCGCUAGCGAACUGACGGCCGGCGAUGCUUGGCUGGACGAUAAGGAUAUGCGCGAUCAGGCCAAAACCAUGUGGGCCCUGCUGAGCGAGGAGCAGAAGAAUGCGUACGGUGAGGAUUACUUCGAACAGGCGAUUCGUUCGCUAGAACCUUUCUGCUACGGAGAUGGAGAUUUUCAAGCCACCGUUCGUGCGUUGUCCGAUGCGAUCGUCCGCACGUUUCCGGUGUUUCGUUACACGCCAUUGACGUGCAAGGAAAAGUUUCAAAUCAUCGCUGCCGAGUAUAUGCCAAGCUUGCUGUACGACAUUCUGUUUAAAGCUUAGUCGCGUGCAGGGUAUGUAGUUGGUGUAGAGAUGCUUGUACUCGUGUCGCUAGUCAUUUGAUGUUCCCUGCUAGGAUGUGAUGUAGCAUUGCUUAAGGAGUAGAAACCAAUCCUCUGUAAUAAACAUGAUUUUCUUUGUUUGCUUAGCAACUAGUAAACAUAUAAG